AUGGCGUUUGGGAAGAGUCACCGCGAUCCCUACGCUACCUCUCUGGGUCACCUCAUAGAAAAGGCCACCUUUGCUGGAGUUCAGACAGAAGACUGGGGCCAGUUCAUGCAUAUCUGUGACAUAAUUAACACCACACAAGACGGGCCAAAAGAUGCAGUAAAAGCUUUGAAGAAAAGGAUCUCCAAAAACUACAACCACAAAGAAAUCCAACUUUCCUUAUCACUCAUUGACAUGUGCAUGCAGAACUGUGGGCCGAGUUUCCAAUCUCUGAUUGUGAAGAAGGAGUUCGUUAAAGAUACUCUAGUUAAGCUGCUGAACCCCAGAUACACCUUACCGUUGGAGACUCAGAACAGAAUCUUGAGUUUCAUUAAGAUGUGGUCCCAGGGCUUCCCGGGAGGUGUAGAUGUCAGUGAAGUGAAGGAAGUGUACCUCGACCUGCUGAAGAAAGGGGUUCAAUUCCCACCCUUGGAUGGAGAGCCUGAGACAAAACAGGAGGCUGGUCAGAUCUCACCAAGUCGACCGACAUCUGUCCCCACUGCGCCUGCUCUUUCUUCUAUAAUUGCUCCCAAGAACCCGACUAUUUCCUUAGUCCCUGAACAGAUCGGGAAACUGCACAGUGAACUGGACAUGGUGAAAAUGAACGUGAAAGUGAUGACAGCCAUAUUGAUGGAGAACACUCCUGGCUCCGAAAACCAUGAAGACAUAGAGCUCCUGAGGAAACUUUACAAGACGGGUCGGGAGAUGCAGGAGAGGAUCAUGGACCUGCUGGUGGUAGUUGAGAAUGAAGACGUGACAGUGGAACUGAUUCAAGUGAACGAGGAUCUGAAUAAUGCCAUCCUCGGAUACGAGAGGUUUACUCGAAACCAGCAAAGGCUUUUGGAACAGAAGAGGAACCCGACGGAAGCCAAUACUUCCAGCGAACCCUCUGCUCCUUCCUGCGAUCUCCUCAACCUAGGUCCCGUGGCGCCAGUGCCUGUGUCCAGUGAGGGACCACUCAACUCCGUGAACGCUCAGCUUUCCGGCCUAAAUGUCAGCUCUCAGAGUCCUGUUAUAACAAACAACUUGUAUCCCAGUCUUCAGCCACAGAUGGAUUUACUAGCAUCAGAAGAUACAGAAGUACCCACCUUGUUUCCCCAGAGGACCAGCCAAAACCUCGCCUCAAGCCACACAUAUGAUAACUUUCCGGAUCACUCCAGUUCAGUAUUGCUACAGCCAGUUAGCCUACACACUGCCCCGGCAGCGCCGUCGAGCCAGAGGCUGCCACCCUUGCCGAGCAAUCAUCCAGUGUUAAAAAACAGUGCUCUCCAACCACCCAGUUACUACGAGGUAAUGGAGUUUGAUCCCUUAGCUCCCACUACAGAAGCUAUUUAUGAAGAAAUUGAUGCUUCCCACAAGAAAGGAGCUCAAAGCCAUAGUGAAUGCUGAGACAAAUGAACUAAGCAUCAUAAAGGGUCAGCUCUCUAAAGUAGUCCCUGAUCAACGGAGGCCUGGAAGACAAGACCUGCCAACAGGGAAAGCCACAGUGGAUCAUUUCUCUGCUGGAAACUUCAACAUAAAAGCUAACACUUUUUGGGCAACACUGCUGUUCCUCACAAUGGCUCAAGAUUUCAGGAAAAUCUGGUUGUAACAACUUCAGCAGAAGGAAAACUGCCUAGUACUAGACCACUUGGUUAAACUGUAGACUCUUAUGUUGUGCAGGCUUGCACCCAGUGCAAAUCAUGACAGACCUAUGACAGGGUUACUUUAAGACCCUAUUAGAAAACAUUGUAAACAGAUGGGGGAAGGAAGAAAAUGAGUGCCUUUAUUGAACUGAAUCUGAAUGUAGAGUUCAGUUUGUACUUGUUUAUAAAUAACAUUUUGGUUUAGAAUGGCUUGAAAGACUUGAUGACUUUAAUUGUAUUUCAAGUGCCUGAGGAGGCCACUGCAUCAGGCGGCCUUUAGGUGUAGUUAGUUCUUUAUAAUGUUAAACAUUCUUGCCUUUUAUUAUAAUUCACAUUCUGAUUUGAAACAAAGAUUACUGGAAAACAGGGCAAUGCAUCAUUCACGUAAAAUUAAAUUACUAUUAAUUUGUCAGAGUUGUGUUGUUCUUGUUCUGUCUUCUAGUUUAAUGAGCUUUUAUGCCAGUAAGUCUUCACAAUUUCACCCUUCCAAUGAUAAUGUUAAUGAACUUGGAAUUAUGGUGGUAAAUGCUAGCUUAGCCAGCAGGUGUAAUUCUGUUAGAUCAUGAUACCAUCAUUUCCAUGUUAUCAUCUAUUUUCAGUACUCUGAAUAAAACAGCACUCAAGCCUA